CGAAAACUGCCUCAAGUAUGCGAAGCUCUUCCCGGGACCUGACGUCAGCGAGGACUUGUUAAUAUGAGCGGCAGCCAGCGGCCAGCAGGCCCAGUGGAGGGAGAGAAGGUGGAGGGAUGACAGCGGAGGCUGAAUGAUGCACAAGACCUGCGGAGAACGACGUGUUUUCGUCCUGAAACGGGACUGAUUCUGGAUCCAAUGUAUAGUCCAUUCCUGGUCAGUGAUGAGUUGGCUCCUGUUGUGGAUUCUGUUAGAAACCGGGUUUCAUCAGACCACCUCCCAGAACGCCACCGCCAUGCCGCCCUCCGCCACCGUCUCCAUGACGACGAUGGAACCGUACAACCGCACGCAGUUCUGCACGUGGCCAUGCGACUGUCCCCAGACACCGCCCGCGUGCCCGACGGGGGUCAGCCUGCUGGUGGACGGCUGCGACUGCUGCAAGGCGUGCGCACGGCAGGUCGGCGAGUCGUGCAACGAGGCGAACACCUGCGACUACCACAAGGGCCUGUACUGCGACUACAGCUCGGGCGCGCCGAGGUACGAACAAGGAUUGUGUGCAUACAUGGUGGGCACGGGGUGCGAGCACGACGGGGUGAUCUACCGCAACGGCCAGAGCUUCCAGCCCAGCUGUAAGUACCAGUGUGUGUGCGUGAACGGGGCCAUCGGCUGCGUGCCGCGGUGCACCGACUCCCAGCCGCCCCGCGUCUGGUGCCUCACCCCGCGCAGGGUCAAGGUGCGUGGCCAGUGCUGCGAGCGCUGGAUCUGUGACGAGCCCAGGAGGGGGCGCAAGACCACCCCCCGCCACGCCUUGGAGGCAGCCCCGGCGCAGAGCAUGAGCUGGCAUCAGAACAACUGCAUCCCCCAGACCACGGCCUGGGGCCCGUGCUCCCAGACGUGUGGCCGCGGCCUGUCCCUCCGCGUCUCCAACGCCAACCAGCGCUGUGAGAUGGUCAAGGAGUCCCGCCUGUGUAACCUGAGGCCCUGUGAAGUGGACAUCACCAAACACAUCAAGCCGGGAAAGAAGUGUCUGAACAUCUACCGGGAGGAGCAGGCCUUCAACUUCACCAUCUCAGGCUGCGUCAGCACGCGGCUCUACCGGCCCAAGUACUGCGGCGUGUGCACCGACGACCGCUGCUGCAGCCCCUACAAGUCCAAGACUAUCGACGUGGAGUUCCUCUGCCCCAACGGCUCCAGCCUCACCUGGAAGGUCAUGUGGGUGCAGGCCUGCUUCUGCAACCUCAGCUGCAGGAGCCCCAACGACAUCUUCGUGGACCUCGAGAGCUACUAUGGCCACCCAGAGGUCAUGAACUAAGGUCUCGCUCAACCAUUUUGUUAUGAACAAACCCCCAAAAGUAGUUUGUUUUUUUAUGGCUUGUUUGCCCUUUUUAUUAGUCCUUUGCUUCCAUUGCUUCCACAUUAGUCCUUUAUAUAUUUAAUAUAUAUGUUUUUGUAUAAGUGUAUACUUUUUUCCCAUUGGAAAAUGUUUGUAAAUAAGAAAUAUACACAUUUCCGGAAGGGACAUUUUAAAGGCAUGUGAUUUUAAGCAACAUCUUUUUACUACUUUUUGGGGGGGUGGAAUUGUUAGGCUAAUAACAAUAGCCUGCUAACAACUGUGCGUCAUAUGACAUAGUUAAUUUAUUGAUAUAGAUUGCAUAUGAAAUGAAUAAAAAAAAUACAUGAAUAUCUA